AAGGUCUUUCUGUGGUAGCCGGUUAGCAUCAUGGCGAACGUUGCGGAUACUAAGCUAUACGACAUCCUCGGAGUUUCACCGUCCGCCUCUGAAAAUGAACUGAAAAAGGCUUACCGCAAACUGGCCAAAGAAUACCAUCCCGACAAGAAUCCUGAUGCCGGAGACAAGUUUAAAGAGAUAAGUUUUGCCUACGAGGUUCUGACAAACCCAGAGAAGAAGGAGCUUUAUGAUCGUUAUGGAGAACAGGGGCUACGGGAGGGAGGAGGCGGAGGGCCCGGCAUGGACGAUAUCUUCUCUCACAUUUUUGGUGGAGGACUGUUUGGGUUCAUGGGUGGACAAGGCAGAGGACGCAAUGGAGGGAGGAGGAGAGGAGAUGAUAUGGUGCACCCUCUGAAAGUUUCUCUUGAAGACCUGUACAAUGGCAAAACCACAAAACUGCAGCUCAGUAAGAAUGUGCUCUGUGGCGCCUGUAAUGGUCAAGGGGGAAAGGCAGGUGCAGUGCAGAAGUGUGUGGCCUGCAGAGGACGAGGCAUGAGAAUCAUGAUUAGACAACUGGCCCCAGGGAUGGUUCAACAAAUGCAGUCAGUCUGCACAGACUGCAACGGAGAAGGUGAGGUGAUAAAUGAGAAGGACCGCUGCAGAAAGUGUGAGGGUCAUAAGGUGUGUAAGGAGACCAAGCUUCUGGAGGUGCAUGUGGACAAAGGCAUGAGACACGGACAGAAAAUCACAUUCUCUGGGGAAGCUGACCAAGCACCAGGCAUUGAACCAGGAGAUAUCGUUCUGGUGCUACAAGAGAAAGAACAUGAGGAAUUCCGCCGUGACGGCAGUGACCUUCACAUGGUCCAACGUAUUGGCCUGGUUGAAGCUCUGUGUGGCUUCCAGAUGACUGUCACACACCUGGAUGGACGUCAACUGCUUGUCAAAUACCCACCUGGCAAGGUCAUCGAGCCAGGCUGCAUUCGAAUGGUGAAAGGAGAAGGAAUGCCUCAGUACAGAAAUCCAUUUGAGAAGGGAGACCUUUACGUCAAGUUUGACGUCCAGUUCCCUGAAAACAACUGGAUUAGCCCUGAAAAACUGAAUGAACUCGAGUGCUUGCUGCCUGCUCGCGCUGAAAAUCCUGUUAUCGCAGCAGAUGCAGAGGAGGUUGACCUGACAGAUUUUGACAGGAGUCAAGGUUCAGGAGGUGGAGCCAGGAGAGAGGCCUACAAUGAUAGUUCUGAUGAGGAAGGGGGUCAUCAUGGCCCAGGGGUGCAGUGCGCACACCAAUAGAAAGACUCAUACAUAGACCUGCACACACAUAAAAGCAUAAAUACAUAAACAUUAAGCCCCAUCGCAAACACCAUUCAAGACUUGCUGCACACACACGCACACUUCUCUCGUUUCAUGAUCCCCGUGAAAAAGAGAAACACAAAUACAUAUACACAUAAAUAUCCACCCUCCUCAGUUCCAUGGUGCCCAUAAGUCAGAGAGAUCCUGGACGUGUGAUGACCAUUUUGUGUUUAUGGACAGUAGUGCUCAUCAAAGACUCCAGCAAGAAGGUGGUCUCAUUCUCAGAGGUUCACUGACUGAACUUGACUUGGACCUCCCUGUUUUCAUCCUAAGCUUUUACCUUUCACUGUGGGAAACACAAGUCUAGUGUAUAAAAUGCAAAUAUUGUUGACUAUCUUGUAAAAGGUGUAGUUUAGUCAGUCACACACAAGCGCAUGCUGCUUCUUGCUGAAGAUCUUGGCCGUGUAGAUGCAGGGUCCAGACACUACAGAGAAAUCUGACACCACACCUGUUUAAAUUUCAGUAUGUUCACUGCUAUUGAAGUGCCCUGCUGCCGUAAGAGUUAACCUGAGUACAUCCCCCAAAAGUGCGUCCUCUCCACAGAGAACCACACGUUUAAGCCGCCUCGUCCUCUAAGGUGACCUGUCAUAUUUUGAAGAUGGGAUUUGCUGGUUCUGUUCAGUUCGUAGCUGUCAUGCUUAUACAAUAUUAAAGCCCUGAGUAUAGCACCUGCCAGUCAGGCAUUACGUUUUUUUGUUUUUUUUUAGUCUGGAUUUUGAGCUUUCUUGUCUUUGUGUGAAUGUUAGUGUGUUUGAGACCACAGAACUUGAAGUUGUGUACUCUUAAUUUGAGCUGAGGACACACUUGUGUACUUUGUAUGUGUGUAUUGCAGUGGCUCAGUGUGUGGGAGCUGCUGUGGAAUGUUCUGGCUUCUUAGGGGUGGUAGGUAUUCCUGCUUUGUGUCGGACUGCAGUGCGAGUGGACACAUUCUAAAGUUAGCUAAGGAGGAAAAAACUGAAUGUUUAUUUGCUGAGAAUAUCCCCCAUGUCGACAGUUACUUUCCCUCUGCUCACCAGGACUGAGAGGUCCACUUCUCCUGCAGAAAAACCACUGGGCCCGCACCAAACCCUCUGUAUUAUACAUAUCCCCCCAUCGUAGAGUUGUUAGCCAAACCUAUGUCCCUUGACAUGAAACGAUACUCCCAUUCCCACAUACCUGUAAAUAAAUACAGUUCCAGUCCAUAGGUGCGUUUAAAGUCUACAGCAGUGCCCUUCUGUAGUCACAACCUUUUCUUUCACUAGUGAAUUAUGGCCAAUAGAGCCAACAUAUAGAUGUUUUGAUCACAUGAAGGAAAGUUAUUGGGACCACUGUAGACCGUUAACAUGCACCUUUGGGACUCAUUGUGUAUGUAAUUUAGGCCACCGGGGAUAAUGUGUACACAGUUAAAGGGGGUCAUUGAUAAAUUACAUUAUUGUUGAUGCUUAUGGUUGUCAAGAAGAUAAUUAAACUGUAUAAUAAACAACUACAAGUUUGUUGA